ACUCAUUCUCCGGUUGAAGUGUUCAGGAUUGUAUUCACGUAAAAUGUUGUUUAUCUAGUUGUAGUUUUUAAUAUAAAUUGAUUAAAGUUAUAGAAUGUUGUUUAUUAAAGUAAAUCCACGUUUAUGUGGAAAAUAUUUGUCAGUGACAAAAUAUUACUGUCGUUUUGAAAGUAUUGCUGCAACAACUACGAAUGAAGUAGCUCAAAUCCCGGCAUAUCCUCCUAUCGAAGAUGUUACAUUUGCGGCAAAAUGGCAAAGAAAUAUAGCAAAAUACCAUGAAGCGGUAAAAAAUAUUAAAACUAUAGAAGAAAAAACGAUUAAAAUAAACAUGCCUCGUUACUGGGGAUUUAAAUGUAUGAUGAUCCAUGAGGACAAAGUUGUUUACAAUAACUUACCUAUGAUACAAUAUAUUACUCGAACACAUGUCUCUGAAGAAUUAAAGCUACCGUCUUAUUAUGACACUUUACUUUCUGAAGAAACAUUAAAUAGCUUAGUACAAGAAAUAAAACCAUCAUUUGAAGAUGCAGUGGCAUUCGAAAUGUCAAGUCGCAUGCGUCAUCAAGAGUAUUCGCAAAAUCAUUUAGAAACCAAUGGUGUUUUGGAUGAUUUAAUUGGUGAUGCAGUAUCGAAACAAGUUAACAGAAUCAUGCUAAAUUAUUUAGGCUUACAAUAUCCACAUUUAUUAAGUGCACAAAUCGAUUAUGACCCUAGAAUAGAAGCUUCUUGGUUUGCAGGAGGAAUUGACAAAUCGCACCAUACAAUAAGAGCACUUAAACGUUUUAAGGAUCCUCAAAUACUUGAAUUACCAAUCGAUAGAAUUUUUGCGUACAUAGGAAAUCCAACGUUACAGUUGCGACAUGAAUUGCCAUUAAAAGAAAUUUUGCCUGUAACAGAUUGUGAAAAUCCAAGUCUCGAAGUUCCGGUAUGUAAAAUUGAUCCGAGAAAUUAUGGUCACUAUUUUGACCGCCGGCAUCUAACAGCGAUCCCAGGAUUUUGGCCUGGAGAUCGAGCUGAAUUUGGUUUGAUGUCUUAUCACAAAUGUGGAUACAUGCAUAGAAGAUUCCAAUGUGGUGAUUUAACGCGAGAUGAUCAGAUAGACCUACUCAAAACUCAAGCAGUAAAAAGUAGUUGGAGCUGGCUCACAUCUCAAGCUUUCAAUAAUGGAUUUACUACCUUCAAUGAAAUCACUUACCCACUAGUCAACCAACAAAUCAUCACCAAUGGGCAAAUGUGGUCCUUUGCUGUUUAUCAAUUGAAUACAAACAAAGUAUGGGGACGCAAUUGCGACGACAAUCCUAAGAGAAAUAUUUGUUGGAUUACUGAGCCUAUUCAGUUGUUUGAAAAAAUAGAAAACAAUAAACUGGUUGGAGUGAAUGACGACGUUCUCAAGCAUUUAAUUAAAUUUUACGUUAAUGUUCCUGAAGAAAGAGUUGGUGUAAAUUUAAAACCUUAUGUAGGUGAAACAGAACAGCGGAUAGCUCAUAUUCAAGAAGAUGAGAGAAGAGUUUGGCUUGAAGAUACUUAUAAACGAUUAGUGUCUCAUAGACCUCGUCACAAAUUAAUGCCAGAAAUGUAUCACUGGGAAUGGAUUUAUAAAUUCAUGUUCAAAACAAGACCUUUGGAUAAAAAACGUACUCAUUGGGAUUAUGGUUUAAAUCCAUUUAGAAGAAAGUUGAAUGAACAUUUACCUCGUUAUAUACCAAAAGCUCUUCGACCAGGUAAAGUUAUAAGAUCGCAAAGGGACAAGUACGCGAAGACUUAUUAUCCAGAAUAAAAUUUAAUGCAUUAAUAAUGUGUUAAUGUUUAAUA